GUGCGUUGUUGUGGAGUCGUGAGAUUACCGGAAACCACUCGUACGUCGCGAUCCAGGAGUUCGUUAUGGAUAUGCAAACAGUUUCGUCCCUAGCUAGAACCUCCAUAAUAAAACCCCCUCGGCUCACAGCGCCAGGCCUCCAACGCGGUCCGAGGAAGCCAUUGAGAUUUGAGAGGCGCCGCUCGAUCUGCGCUCAAAUCCACAUCUUUUUCCUCUCUUCAAUCCUCAUCCGAUCCCUGACGAUUAGUGCGCCUAGUUGGAUAAUAAUCUCCGAUUUCUGUUUCUGUCCUCCCGACUGGAGGUUUCAAGCAACACAACAAAUCCUUGGUAAUUUCACUUGCGGGCGAGGAGGAGAGAAGAAGAAGACAAACAGCUUAUGGGCAACUCCGGAAGUAGAGCUCCUGCCCUGCUAGGAAAGACGCGUGUUCCAGAUUUUGAAUGGAAGAUUCAUGACUUCUCAGCCCUGGUUGACACCAAAGCUACGUCAGUAGUAUCUGGUCCUUUUCACUGCUGUGGGCAUCAGUGGAGCCUGAAAGUGAGUCCAAUGCAUACAAAACCUUUCGGCGGAACUCCAUAUGUUGCUCUUGGUCUUCUACUGCAGAAAAAAAUUUGCAUGGAGAAAGAUCACACCGUCCAUGCAGUGUUUGAGUUGUCAAUAUACAACCAUUCUGAUGGAAUGUAUUGUGGAGCCAAAGUCAGCCACAGCUUUGAUUUCAAGAACUACAUGUCGAACAUGGAAUGCUUGAUUCCUCUGCAGGAGCUACUGAGAUCGUCUGAUUUUCUAGUUGAUGACAGUUGUGUCUUUGGUGUGGAGAUAUUAAAACUUGAUGUCUCUUCUCCUGAAAAGAAAUCUGAUGUGGUUCAGAAGAAGGCUACCACAGUCCAGAACCUCUUUGUCCAGAAGAAGGGAUUCAUCAAAGGGACAUAUACCUGGACCAUGAACAACUUCCUUGAAUUGGACUCAAAGCACUCUGUCCGAUCUCGUUCAUUUAAAGUUGGAGGACAUGAAUGGCAUAUCUCCAUGUAUCCGUGUGGUGACAAGUACAGCACCGAUUGUCUCUCCUUGUCGUUACACCUGCAUGCUUCGGACGAUCUCCCUCCUGGGUCCGGGAUGGCGGUUGAAAUGACUCUAUCCAUCCUGGACCAAAAGAACGGGAAACACUUCAGUGUAACUUCAGGUCUCGUGGUGUUCUCGGCUUCAUCUUCAUGGGGUUGGUCCAACUUCUUUCCACUCAAGAAUCUCAGGGACCCGUCCGGAGGCUAUCUUAUUGAGUCAAAUUGCGUUGUCAAGGCAGACUUCACCAUAUUUGGGUCAUCCAAUCAUGGCUAGAGAGGACUCGGGCUUUAAACUAAUGAAGCCAAAACCGGUGAACAUCAUCUUAAGAACCUGGAGAACCCGGGUGUGUGGAAGCCAGUGACUUUUUACGAUUACUAUGAAAAGAAAAUAAAGUCAAUGUCGUCCUAGCCACACCCUUAACAGCAUACCCUGGCAACCAAGCUGAACCAUUAGUCUUUGGUCGUUUUGUUAUUAACACAGAUCAUGUUUGGUGAACCAACUUUAUUUAUUUUGUGGUUUGGUUAUA